AUGAACAUCAAGUUCGAAAUCGAGGUCCUUUCCAAGCACUUAGGCAUCAAACUAGAUGAGAUCACGGGUCCCGUUACUCUUAGCUCGCGCGCACCGCCAACCAAGGACCGCUCGCCUGACUUCAAUGUCAAGCGCGCGCCAGCUGACACCGGAAGUGGCACUGGCACCAAUGGUGAUGCUGUGUUUCCUCAGGGCCUCGGUGGGGUGGCGCAUGCGCGUGCGGCCCUGCUCCCCCAGCCACCGCCACAACAGCCGCGGCCAAGCGCGCAAGCAUCUACCUUUGGACUCACCCGCAGCGACAGCCAGGGCACGCGUAUAUUCGCACCAGGCCAGGGCGCUGGCGACACGUCGCAACCGCAGUCGCAACCACAGUCACAGCCGGGCUUCGCCGAGCAGACCGUCAUCCCAAACCUCGCGAGCUAUAUCACGGUCAGCCCGCAGCUGGCGUCGGGCCCCUCUGGGGCCGCGCUCAGGCGCGUCGCACCCGUUGCUGUCGAUCGCGCUAUCCGUGAAAUCAUCCAGCCAGUUGUUGAGCGGAGCGUGACAAUCGCAUGCAUCACGACCAAGGAGCUCGUCGCUAAGGACUUUGCGACGGAACCAGACGAGAGUCGCGUCCGCAAGGCGGCUGCACUCAUGGUCUCUAACCUUGCUGGGAGCCUCGCGCUCGUCACCUGCAAGGAGCCGCUCCGAGUCUCCAUUGCCAAGCACCUCCGUGCACUCCUCCAGCAGCAGCCGGGUGGACACCUAAAUGGCAGCGAGCAGCAUGACCAGCACGCCGUCCAAACGUGCGCCGCUGAGAACCUCGACCUCGGAUGCAUGCUUAUUGAGAAGGCAGCGACUGAGAAAGCGAUCCGUGAUGUCGACGAGGCCAUGGCAUCGACGCUCAAGAAUCGCCAAAAGCGCUUCGACGCGGGCCACGGCUACGCUGACAUGGUUGGUGCCUAUGGCAGCAGCGCACCCAGCGGUCGCUACCCUGCAGCACUUCCAGAGCCGCUCCGGCCCAAAGCCUCUGGCCUUCUGGCGCACCAAUUCUAUGUCUAUGAGGCGUUUCAGCGACCCCCUCGCCAGACCCAUGUCCAGCAGCCGUCUCACGCGUUACACUCGGGCGGACCAAUGCCGCCACCCCCGCACGCACACCAGCAACACCAAAUUCCGCCUCAGGGACCGUUGGUCGGGGCCGCCGGGACGCACGCUGUGACAGUUGCAUCGCAGCCGCACGCUUUGCAGCAGCAUUCGACCUCCACAGCGCGUAGUCAGGCGUGCAGCGGUGCACGCGGUGGCGCUGCCGCGCUCUCGCGCGCCGCGCAGCAGGCAGCAAGUGAGCGGCCGAGCAUUUCCAUCGCUGAGCUCAUGGACGCAUAUCGAUCGGCGACUGCCAAGCUUGAUGGUGAGUUCGCGCAGCUCACUACAAAGAUGCCGGGCACCGCGAGCCACGACCUUAGCUUCCACGCGCUCCGAAGUCACCCAGUUGCUGCACAUGUUGGUGAUCUACUCCUUGCCGCGGCGCGCGUUGAACGUGCCUCGCGGGAUGAUGCUGCGCUCGCAAUUGCACAAAGUACGUUCAAAGCAAUGUGUGAGCCACGCGCGCUAGAGCCCCCGGUGCGCCUUGAGACCCUUGCGAUCGUGCUCGCGGCAGUUGCCGACAUCUCUGCACACCUCGUCCGCGAUGAGGUUGCUAACUGGAUCGCUUUUCUCCCCGCACACACCGACGCAGAUCGCUUCCUCCAUGCACAUGUCCUCGUUCGUCUCCUCGGCGUUGAGCUCCUUGACGUGGCCGAGGUUGACGCAUACCUUGCUCGCAACAUGGACGGCGGUCGGAGCGCGCCGUGGCUCGAUAUCGCCCUUGGCUUCGUCGAAUUGAGCGUUGCACAGUAUCGCCUAGCGACGUUUCCAGGGGAUCUCCAGCGCAUCGCGCGCGUCCUUGAAAUUGUUGCCCGCCAGCCACACCCACCGCCUGCGCUCCGGCGCCUGGUCGCCGCCCUUUCGGCCGAGCAGCAGCGCGCGCACGCACAGACAGCAUCGGUACGCACAGGCCGCGACACAGGACCGACACCGUCCCCUGUGCACCACGGCAUGCCGUCGAUGGCGCCAAGCGCCACGCCAGUCCGUGGCGAUGGCCUGGAUCUGCGCACGCUCGCACCUGCAUCUCGACCCCUGGCCGCGAGCAUGAGCGCAACGGCGGCCGCGCGUGAACUGCGCCGCGCAAGCAUUGCACCUGAGGACCCGCCGGGUGCGCGCGAUCAGGUCACGGCGCUGCUCGAGCAGUGGAUCCGUGUCUGGAAUGAGUCGCCCGGGAGCGAGAAGGCCUACGCGCAGUAUCUCGCCCUGCUCCAGCAACACGCAGUGCCGAGGAGUGACGCAUCUACGGAGCGCUUCAUUCGCCUCGCGACGACCAUUGCGUCGAGUCAUGUGUUGAGUCGCGCACGAUCGACGGUGGCUUAGAGGUGGAUGGCGAGGCGGCAGGUGUCCUCAACUAUGCUGUUGUCGACGCCUAUGCCAAGCUCCUCAUUCUCCUGGUCAAGUACGCGGCGUCUGAUCCGAACGGUAGCGCGGCGCAUGCCGGUGCACCGGUACGCCUCGAUCUCUUAAAUCGUGUCCUCUCAUCGCUCACGCGAUGCCUCGUCGCGGAUUACGACGCAACUGCUGAGCGGGGCGUGUUCGACCAGAGGCCUUACUUCCGCCUCCUGCUCAACCUGCUCCAAGAUCUCAACGUGCCAGACCCCGUCCUUGAUUCAAGUAAUGUACGCGUCCUUGCUGCAUUUGCAACGGUGUUCCAUGCGCUACAACCAGCCGUCGCGCCAGGGUUCGCUUUCUCCUGGCUGGAGCUCGUGUCACACCGCAUGUUUAUGCCCAAUCUCCUUCUCGCCAAGAAUCAGCGGGGUUGGAUCCUCAUGCAUCGCCUCCUCAUCGACCUCUUUGUCUUUCUCGAACCGUACCUCCGCGACGUAUGUCUCUCGGAUGCGGUCCGGCUCCUCUACAAUCGAUGAACGCCAUGCUCUAUGCGCCUUCAAGACUGCAUCGAGAAACCCUCCCGGACAACUAGCCUAUAACCACACGGCUAAACCGCG